AUGGAGCUCUUCGCCAGCUGGGUGGAUACGACGCUGUCCUCCAUGCAUAUGGACGCCGUCGACACCCUUCGAGCCUUCUUCCUUUUGGCAUCCUGUACGAUAUUGUCCGCUAGCCUCCUGCCAACCUCGCUGCACUCACGCUUCAUCCCUUAUGGCGCUCGUGCAACCUCCACAACCGGCUCGGAAUCCCCGUCGCCCCCGACAGCACGCGCUCUCGACUCUGUUGCCUCCUUGAGAGUCCCUCACAGCUACUUCACACAUUUCUACAUUGUCUCUGUUUUGGCGUCGAUCUUCUGGGCCGCGCAGCUCUUGUGUCAUGGAGCCGUGUUCCAGGCUCUCGCGACGAGGAUAAGCCCGGAGAACUUGCAGAAGUCGAUGUCGGUACAUCAGGUGUUUUUAUGCUGGGUAUUUAUGCUCAUCCAGGGUGCAAGGCGGCUGUAUGAGUGCAACAUCUUCUUCAAGCCCUCCUCGUCCAGGAUGUGGUUUGUCCACUGGGUCGUAGGCCUUGCAUUCUACCUAGCAGUAUCUGUUGCACUGUGGAUCGAGGGAGCAGGAGCGCUGCUGUCUCAUAAACUGGAGCUUGACGAUGUCAAGAUUACAAUAGCCCCCUCACUCCGCACGUUUGUCUGUAUUCCUAUCUUCUUGAUCGCAUCAGGCAUUCAGCAUGACUGUCAUCAUUUUCUCUUCUCAUUGAAGAAAUAUACUCUUCCAACUCAUCCUGUCUUCCGCAGAGUCGUGUGUCCACACUAUACAGCAGAGUGUGUGAUAUAUCUCUCCCUGGCCUUUCUGGCCGCACCGCAGGGUGAGAUCUUGAACAAGACAAUGUUAUCCGCUCUUGUAUUUGUCGUUGUCAACCUAGGUGUCACUGCUGCGAAUACCAGGCAAUGGUACAUGCAACAAUUCGGUGAGGAGUCUGUGCGGGAGAGAUGGAACAUGAUCCCUUGGGUCUACUGA